AUGUCAGAAAUCACUAUCGCAACAGUAACAACAUCUCUACUGGUUGUUCUCGGAGUGUCAGUAUUGCUAAAUUCUAUAACAAGUAAAAAAGAAGAUCUACCUGUAAAACUACCUGUUAAUGUGAGUAAGCCUCUCAUAACAUUUUCCUCCUUUUAUUUUAAAUGGAAGUUAUUUUGUACAGCAUUGUUGAGAUUUGUGACUGAGCCUCACUCUCCAAAAUAUGAUGAAGGGAUUAAGGCACAGUCCGCCCUAUUUAAUGAUCCUGAGUUUGUUUUAGUAAAAACAAAGACGAUAUAUUUCAUACGACACGGGCAGUCCGUUUGGAAUGCAUCCUUUUCUACGUUUGAUAACAUCUUUUUUGUUGUUUUAAGGAUAUUUAGAACAAUUUUGUUUGAAUUCUUUUUGCUGAGCACAAAUGAUAGUUUGAUUUAUGAUUCACCUCUAUCCCUUUUUGGAGUGUCACAAUGCAUGGAUACCGCCCAGUUAUUUUCUAGUGUACCACCAGAUUCUGAGCUUGAAAAUGAUAUUUCUAUACUGACUGGGAAGUCUACAAAGUCAACUGUGCUAUUUUCAUCCUACUUGAGGCGUGCCCAGAGUACCAUGAUAUUACUUUUACAAUCUCGUUUAAACUCUACCAAUGAAAAUAUUUUUAUAUCUCAUGAAUUAGAGGAGCUUAUCAGGAAUCCUGAUACUGUUACCUUGUACUCAUCAUUUGGGUAUAUAACUUUUCCGCUGAUGGAGAAAUUAUUUUCACCUCAAUCUUUCAACAAAUACCAGAGGUUGAAGAUGGUAGAACACGAUUCUCCAUCUCUUCGUAGGGCAUAUCCAAAGGUAAAGUCAUUUUUCAAUAGACUUUUUACCAAGGUGGAUGAGGAUGUUAUUAUUGUUUGUGGCCAUAGUCGCUGGAUUAGAUACACCUUAAACGUUUUUUUCCCCAAGAGCUCAAUUGAUAGGGAUUAUACUGAUAAAAAGAUUUCCAACUGUGGAAUCAUAAAAUUUGAUGUGCAGUUCAAGAAAAAGGAAACUGGAGAAGAGUUUUUUGUUUGUGACCCAAAAUCUCUCAAGAUAGUCAAUGGAGGAUUCGCAUAA